CUGGCAUCCUGGUCCCCUCAGUGGGAGACUCAGCCUAUUUUCUGUGAGAUUACCAAUUGACAGCCCUAUUGUGAUUGUCACUUUGGUUUCCAGAGGAGCAGGCGGUCACAUGAUGCAAACAGUGCCGAGAUGACUAGUCUGAACUAGAGAAGGAGAUUGAGAUAGGAAACAAGAUAAAGGAGAAAGUGAAGGACGAUAAACACCUUGCUUAAUCUAAUCCCAUAAUCCCACUCAUCAGACAGCAGACUCGAUGAAACCCAGACAUUCCAUGCUGCUGCUAGCCUAACUGGGACUGAAGAUCUCAAAUACAAAAGGUGAGCUGCGCUCCUGCACAUGUUGGAGGCCACCAGUUAGUUAGUUAGUUUGUUUGUUUGGGGGGUGGGAGGGGGUACCAGGGAACUGGAGGUGAUGAUUAGAAAAGUUACAUAGCUCCAAAAUAAAUGUAUAACUCCACUGUUCUUAUUGCAAUUUUAAAAUCCAGCUACUCAAAUGUUUGUGUCCCUCCUAAAUUAUAGUGAAUUCAAAUGUAUAUUAAAAAAUUAAGGCACAAAAACCAACUGCUUGACUACUUGAGGCUAAGUUUUGCUGUUAUGACUUUUAAUAUUUUUUUAGUUUGGCUAAUUUUGCCUAAAAUUUGAAAUUUGCUUGGAAUUCCUGACAGUUCACAAUUUAGUAAAUAAACCCCUAUGUCUACUAAAUAUGUUUGAUAUUUCUAAUAGUUUUGUUUCUUAUUCAAAUAUUGUGUUUUCUUUAUUCUCUAUGGACAUUCCAUCCCUUCCAUUAUUGUCUAUGGGCAUUCCACUGCCCUGUUGAAGUCUGUGGGCAUUCCACUGCCCUGUUGAAGUCUGUGGGCAUUCCAUUGUGUCAUUCAUUUCAGUAGGUGUUCCCCCUCCAUUCACCAUAGCUAUGUUGACUUAAAGGACCACUAUAGUGCCAGGAAAACAUACUUGUUUUCCUGGCAAUAGAGUGCCCUGAGGGUGCCCCCACCCUCAGGGUUCCCCUCCCGCCAGGCUCUAGGAGGUGGAAGGGGUUAAACUUCUUUCUCCAGCGCCGGGCGGGAACCCUCCUCCUCCUCGGCUGAAUGUGCAUGCGCGGCAGGAGCCGCGCACGCAUUCAGCCGGUCCAUAGGAAAGCAUUCACAAUGCUUUCCUAUGGACGCUGGCGUCUUCUCACUGUGAAAAUCACAGUGAGAAACGCGGAAGCGCCUCUAGCGGCUGUCAAUGAGACAGUCACUAGAGGCUGGAUUAACCCUAUUAUACACAUAGCAGUUUCUCUGAAACUGCUAUGUUUAUAGAAAAAAGGGUUAAACCUUGCUGGACCUGGCACCCAGACCACUUCAUUAAGCUGAAGUGGUCUGGGUGCCUAUAGUGGUCCUUUAACAGUGUCAAGGUUAUACACUUAAUUAAUUAAAUUCAAAUGGCAAAAUAUUCAGUUUGAUUACAUUUCACUACUAAUUAGUAUUUAGUAUAUAAACCCAAUGGACUACAAAUAAUUUCGGAAAGAGAUAAUGACCAAAAAGAUGGUAAAACAACAAAAAACUAGAAAAGCUACAAUUUUCUUUUCUCCAUCAGUGUUCUUUUCUCCACCAGUAGUCUACAACUGGAGUGGGCGGAGUCAGGGGCGUACCUAGAGCAUCCUGUGCUUGGCACCCCCAAAAAAAACAACAAAAAAAACCUGUAAAAUUUUUUAAAGGUUCUCUUUUUUUUUUUACAAUUUGUAAACUGCAAAACCGCUGUCAGCCCCUCCUACAAAACCCUUGUCCUGUCCUGCCCCUCCUACAAAACCUCUGUCCUGUCCCUUCUACAAAUCCUGUACUGCCUCGCCUACAAAACCCCCGCAACCCCCUUCCACAAAUCCCCUGCUUAUCCCCCUUAUAAAGACUCCUGUCCCAAUACAAAUCCCCCGCCCCCUUCUACAAAAUCCCUGCAGCCCCACACACACAUUUACAGGCAGACAGUCACACACUCAGUUACAGACAGACAGUCACACACUCAGUUACAGGCAGACAGUCACACACAGUCAUGUGCAGACAGGUCACACAUACAUUAUUUUUCCUCUGUGCCAGUUUUUCAGCUGCUUGCUUGUGUGAGCUGUACUGCCGCGACGUGUACCCCAAUCUUACCAUGGGACUGCAGCUGCUGGAAGCUCACACAGCCCCUCCAGCCAGGGGCCGUGCAAGGGAUUUUGCCGCCCUAGGCAAGUGUGUGCAAAGUUUGCUGCCCCCCAUGUGCUUCUCUAUGAUUUGCCAUGUUAAUUAACGCCAGUGCUGCAGUGCCGCCGUGUUUACAUUAAAAGGCCUGCAGGGACAGGCUAUAGACACCAGAACCAUUACAUUAAGCUGAAGUGGUUCUGGGGACUAUAGUGUUUCUUUAAUGUGAGGUAAAUUAGAGCUUAGUGCCACGAAUAAUAUACUAGAUUGCCUACUUACAACCAGAUGAGGAUGAUGAUGGGCUCUAGCUGCAGUCUGGCUCACUGGUCUGGUGCAGAACAGGUUUCUGGAGGCGUGUUUGUAACUGUGGUCACAAAAAUCAAUGUUCUGGGAGAACGGGAAGCAGCUCCAUUUUUUGGGGUCCUUGCUGUGCUAAGGUUCAAUGGGUCCCAGGGUUCACUCUUCAUGUUCCACCAAUGAGUUUGUUCACAGGGGGUGGAGUGUGUAGGGGAUGUCCUGAUAUGUGUGUAAGGAAUGCAUUUUGUGAAAUUGUGUUUGUAUGUGUAAGGGCUGCAAGGUGUGUUUUUGUGUAUGUAUGGGAUGCAUUGAAUGUGUGUAAGGGGUGCAUUGAGUGUGUGUAAUGAAUGUAUUGUGUGUUUCUGUGUGUGUAAGGGAUGCAUUGUGUGUAACGGUUGCAUUGCUUGUGUAUGUGUGUCUGUGUGUGUAAUGCAUUGUGUGUUUUUCUGUGUGCAAGGGGUGCAUUGUGUGUAUGUGAUGAAUGUCAAUCUCUCCUCCCGCUCCAAUUUCCUUCUCCUCCUCCCAAUUUCUCUUUCUCACCCCCCUCCUAAUUUCUCUCCCCCCCUAAUUUCUCUUUCCCCCCUCCUAAUAUCUCUUCCCCCCUCCUAAUUUCAAUUUCUCUUUCCCCCCUCCUAAUAUCUCUCCCUCCCUCCUAAUAUCUCUUCCCCCUCCUAAUUUCUCUCACCCCCUCUCUCCUUUCUCUCCCCCCCCUCCUUUCUCUUUCUCCCUCCUUUCUCACCCCUUUCUCCUCUUUCUCACCCCCCCCUCUCUUUCUCACCCCCCUCCUUUCUCCACCCCCUUCUCACCCCUCCUUUCUCACCCCCCUUUCUCCUCUUUCUCACCCCCUCUCUCUCCUUUUUCACCCCCCUUUCUCCUCUUUCACCCCCCUCUCUCACCCCCCCUUUCUCCUUUUUCACCCCUCUCUCUCCUCUUUUCACCCCCCUCCUUUUCACCUUUCUCCUCUUUCACCCCCCUCUCUCCCCCCUUCUCCUUUUCACCCUCUCUCUCCUCUUUUCACCCCCCUCCUUUUCACCCCUUCUCCUCUUUCACCCCCCCUCUCCUUUCUCUCUCACCCCCUCCCCACCUCUGCUGUAGCGUGGCCGAGCCCAGUAAGUCAGCGGGUACAGAGAGCAGCUGUCUCCUGUACCCGGCCGGACUAACAGGAAGUGCACACUCAGUGUGCACUUCCUGUUAGUCCGGCCGGGUACAGGAGACAGCUGCUCUCUGUACCCGGUCGGACCAUAGCUGCAGCUACAGAGAGGGAGCUGACAGGAGAGAGCGCUCAGCGCUUCCCUCCUGUCAGCCCCCUCCUCAGGCUGCGCCCGGGCGGUGCGGUCCGCCCUCAUGGACGCACCGCCCGGGCAAAGCUGCAGCCGCCUGAGGCUCUCUACAGAGCGCUCGGGCGGCUGCAGUAUGGGGGGGGGGCGGCGGGGCUGGUCAUGGCACCCCCCAUCCUGCUGGCACCCGGGGCGGACCGCCCCCCCCCGCCCCCCCCUUAGUACGCCACUGGGCGGAGUAACUGGGUGGAGUGGCUUGAGUAACUGUUGUGUGGCUGGAGUGGCUGGAGUAACUGUGGAGUGGCUGGAGUAACUGUGGAAAGGUUGGAGUGUGGUUCACUCACUGUACAGCAAGGGCAGAGAAGAGCUUUCAAAUCCCUCGAACAUUCCACCAACUGCCAACAGGAACUAAUAGAUUUCAAAUAGGGCAGAGAAGAGCGGUUAAAAACAAACUGCUCCAACUUGCUCAAUAAGAAUAAGAAUAAUAUAUGUGAGAUAAUAGUAAGUGGUCUUGCCAUGGAGGGAUAUAAAUAUACCAAUUUAUAUCAAAACGUUCAGCUUCCCCUGCUGCCACUGUGAUGUUUUGUACAAAUCAGUCAAUAAUUCCUGUAUAACUAAGCGCUCACUUUAUUAAUACUUAUAUAACAGCAUCUUCAUAUUGCAGCCUUGUUACACAGGGUUUCUGCAGCCGCCAUUUCAAAUCCCUCGAACAUUCAACCAACUGACAUGUAAGAUUUGUGUAGGUGGGCUUGAAAAUGAGGGGGCAGUUUAGAAAUCAUGUCCUGAUUUUUCAGCUUUUGCCAGCGCCCACUCUAGUUUUGAACAUUUUGCCAUUCAUUCCUAUGGGACCAAUUUCACCACAAGAACGACGAUAUUCCGUGAACCAUUCGGCGAAACGUUCCACAAAGUAAUAGGAAUCCAAUAUGGAACAAUCCGCACGUUUCGGUAUAUUUCUGUCUAUGUAGUGUAAAAACUGGGAGAAGAAGUUAGGGUGGUAAAUUUGGCUAUAAUAAUAAUAAUAUAUAUGUGAGAUAACAUUAAGUGGUCUUGCUAUGCAAGAACACUUAAAUAUGUAAAACUCUAACAGGUGGCCUCAACCGGACCCACUAUAAGUAUCACCAUUUUCUCAUACCAAGGCAGGUGGGCACUACAAUGUUUAGCCAAGUUGGGAACGAAUGAGUACCAAAACAACUUUAGAUUAACUAGAAAAGCUAAAAUUUCUGGGGAAAUUGUGUGAAGUGUUCUUGCCUCCACCAGUAGUCUACAACUAGGGAUCGAGCGAUUAUUGGUUUUACCGAUAUUAUCGGCCGAUAUUCGGUAUUUUCAGCAAUAUCGGUAUCGGCCACUAAAGGUACCGAAAUUGCCGAUAUUGAUAGAGUGAGAAAUGCAUUUCAACUUUUAUUUAUUUAUAUAGCACAUUUAAUUGCAACGUUGUUGCCCAAAGUGCUUCACAGUUACAUUAAAACAUACAUUUGUAAAAACAUUAGCAGGUGUACAAAAGGCCCUGUCUAUGACAUCACUUGCUGCUCCAGCCUGGCACAGGUCAGAGUAUUUUGGCGGUUGCCAUCUUCAAACGGUCGUAUUUUAACACCUAUACAUCCUACAGCGAAGAGCUUUAUAUUGUGAGAAUCACAAGACCCAGACCUACAUUUUGAUACCUAGUAUGUCUCUGAAGUAUUAAAAAUGAAGGCACAGUCGCAGUUUAGAAAUUGCCCUUCAAGUUUGAGCUGGCUAGAGUGGAAUUUCAAUGAAUGUCAAUGGACGGCGUGAGUUGCAAACAAAUGGUCAUAUUGUGAAAACUAUCAGGACUAUGGCUUAGCCAUGGACAUUUUUAGUGGCAGCAGGGAUAGCUGAACGUUAUGAUAUAAGAUUUGUGUAGGUGGGCUUGAAAAUGAGGGGGCAGUUUAAAAAAUCAUGUCCUGAUUUUUCAGCUUUUGCCAGCUCCCACUCUAGUUUUGAACAUUUUGCCAUUCAUUCCUAUGGGACCAAUUUCGCCACAAGAACGACGAUAUUCCAUGAACCAUUCGGCGAAACAUUCUACAAAGUAAUAGCAAUCCAAUCGGGAACAAUCGCACGUUUCGGUAUAUUUCUGUCUGUGUAGUGUAAAAACUGUGGGAGGAGUUAGGGUUGUAAAUUUGGCUAUAAUAAGAAUAAGAAUAAUAAAUAUGUGAGAUAACGUUAAGUGGUCUUGCUAUGCAAGAACACUUAAUAAUAAUAAUAAUAAUAUAUAUGUGAGAUAACAUUUAGUGGUCUUGCCACUUAAUUAAGCAGUUUUGGUAUAUAACUGCCUGUGUCAUUUUUUUUCGCUCAAUUUUCUGCCAUUUAGGAGUUAAAUCACUGUGUUUAUACAGCCCUAGCCACACCUCCUCGCAUGUGACAUACACAGUUUUCCUAAACACUUCCUUUACUGGACAGUCUGUUUAAUUUAGAAUUUCUCAUCGCCUACACUGUUAAUAGCUUGCAGGAGCCUCCUGUGUGAGAUUAAAUUUACGGAAGACAAAAACUUCUAAAGCAAGACAACAUCUGAUUGAAAAUGAAAUAAUUUUUUCAUACAGGACAUAUAAGUCAUAGCCAGGGAAGGUGUGACUAGGGCUGUAUAAACCAAAUCCAACGUGAUUUAACGCCUAAGUGGCAGAGCAUUGAGCAGUGAGACUUCAAAGGCAUGAUUUAGACACCAAAACUGCUUCAUUAAGCUAAAGUUGUUUCGGUGACUAUAGUAUCCCUUUAAAUUCUCUGAAUGUCUGACCAUUCAUAUAAAUUCAUGGGAAAAGAAUUCUAUGGUUUUACAUAUCAUGACAUAAUAAUAAUCAUCUGUUCCUUAGCUGGACUUAACAUUAGGUAAAUACAACUUUAGGUGAACAACACAACACAUUGCAUAUUAAACUAUGUCAUGAUUUAUUUAACAAAAAUAAAGCCAAAAGUGAGAAGCCAUGUGUGAAAAACUAAGUACACCUUAUGAUUCAAUAGUUUGUAGAACCACUUUUAGCAGCAAUAACUUGAAGUAAUAAUUUUCUAAAUGACUAUGAGUCUCUCACAUUGUUAUGUAGGAAUUUUGGCCCACUCUUUACAAAGUUGCUUCAGUUCAUUGAGGUUUGCUGCUAUUUGGUUAUGCACAGCUCUCUUAAGAUCCCGCCACAGGAUUUCAAUUGGGCUGAGGGCUGGAUUUUGACUGGGCCAUUGCAACACCUUGAUUCUCUUCUUUUUCACUCAUUAUGUUGUAGAUUUGCUGCUGUGCUUGGGAUUAUUGUCCUUUUGCAUGACCCAAUUUCGGCCACGCUUUAGCUUGAAAAGAACCCGUUUUAGUAGGUCGAAACGUUGCUGCCUUUUUGUUUAAUUAAAUCUGCCUGCGGCUUUAACACUCUGAGUGCCUGGGAAUUUCUUUGUAAGCUUUAGCUGUCAGACACAUGGCCUUAGAUUUUACUCUAAAAUAGUUUAGUAUACAUGGAAGUUAAUGGCCGACUCAAUGACUGCAUGUCUGCCAGGUCCUGUGGCUGCAAAUUGAGCCCAAAUUAUCACCCCUCCACCACCGUGGUUGACAGCUGGUAUGAAGUGUUUGUGCUGAUAUUCUGUGUGUGGUUUUUGCCAAACGUGGCGCUGUGCAUUCUCUCUACUUUAUUCUCAUCUCUCCAAAGGACAUUGUUCCAGAAGUCUUGUUUGUUUAGAUGCAACUUUGCAAACCUAAGCCUUGCUGCCAUGUUCUUUUUAGAGAGAAGAGGCUUUCUCCUGGCAACCCUUUCAAACAAAGCAUACUUGUUCAGUUUUUUUCUAAUUGUACUGUCAUAAACGUUAAAGGGACACUAUAGUCACCUGAACAACUUCAGCUUAAUGAGGUUGUUCAGGUGAGAACUAUAGCUCCCUGCAGCAUUUCUCAUGUAAACACUGUAUUUUGUGAGAAAAUACAGUGUUUACAUUGAAAGCUAGGAACACCUCCAGUUCCAGUCACUCAGAGUGAACCAGAGGGACUUCUGAGUUGAUGGAGGCAUAAUAUGCCUCAAUCCACUCAGAUCUGCUGUGCACGAGCAUCCUGUGAUUCAGUAUCUCCUCCCUCUGCAUGCAGACACUGAACUUUCAUCAUAGAGAUUCAUUGAUUCAAUUCAUCUCUAUGAGGAGAUGCUGAUUGGCCAGGGCUGUGUUUGAAUCAUGCUGGCUCUGCCCCUGAUCUGCCUCCUUGUCAGUCUCAGCCAAUCCUAUGGGGAAGCACUGUGAUUGGAUCAGGCUAUCACAUGUCAGCAAACUGCUUGUUUUUCCUGAGUCUAACAGCAUGCAGAUUGAAAGCUUCUGGCUUGAAUACAGUAAUAUUUUUACUAUAUUUAUGGAGGCAUGAGAGGCCCAGGGGGACUAGAUGGUCGUGUUAACACUAUAGGGUCAGGAAUACAUGUAGUUGCACUGGUGACUAUAGUGUCCCUUUAACAUUUAACAUGCUAACUGAGGCCUGUGGAGUCUGAGAUGUAACUCUUUGGAUUUUUGCAAGAACAUUGCACCGUCUGAGCUUGGGGUGAAUUUGCUGGGGCGUCCCCUCCUGGGAAGAUUGGCAACUACCUUGAAUGUUUUCCACUUUUGAAUAAUAUUUCUCACUGUAGAAUGGUGGACUUUCAUUUGUUUGGAAACUACCUUAUAACCCUUCCCAGUUUGAUGGGCAGCAAUGAUUGCUUCUCUAAGAUCAUUACUGAUGUCUUCCCUCCAUGGCAUUGUGUUAACACAUUUCUGAAUGCUCCAGACCAGCCAACUGCUAAAACUUUGGCUUCUAUAGAGCUUGCUGAUGAACAAUUAAUCAAGGGCAUUUGAUAAGCAGGACCUGUCUGCCAUUUAGCCUCUUAUUUCCUAUGGAAGCAGUAUACUUAGAGUGUACUUGUUUUUUUACACAUGGCUUCUCCAUUUUGGCUUUAUUUUUGUUAAUACAAAUAUAAAGAAACUAGUCCUGCGCUCAAACUCCCAUUACUCCUGGGCGGCAGCAAUGACUAUAUUACAAAAGGAAAAAAAUUACCUGCGCUCUUUCCACAUCCCUAUGUAUUUUUAAACAAAUGGAGGUUUUUAGUUACCGCCAAUGGCCAUGAGAGGGUAUGCCCACCUGCCAACGUCAAGGCAGACCUCUUAGGUGGGUCCUAACUCUAACCAUUCGCCUUACUUCCAUUAGCUUCUGGCACAAAUAUCUCUAAUGAGACAGAAAGGGGUGUUUUUUUAUAUACAUCCCUACAUGCUUAUUAACCCUUAAUAGGAAACACAUGGGAUGGGCAGCGGCAUUGUAACCUAGCUGUGUGAUACAAAAGUGAAUACAAAUACAAAGAAACUAGUCCUGCGCUCAAACUCCCAUUACUCCUGGGCGGCAGCAAUGACUAUAAUACACAUCAGCCAGAAGCUCAAGGAAGCAAGGCAAAUGGUUAGUUAGGACUCACCUAAGAGGUCUGCCUUGACGUGGCAGGUGGGCAUACCCUCUCAUGGCCAUUGUAGGUAACUAAAAACCUCCAUUUGUUUAAAAAUACAUAGGGAUGUGGAAAGAGCGUAGGCAUCUUUUUUCUUUGGUUUUUACUAUAUGUAUUUUGGCUGAUGUGUACUAUGGUCGUUGCUGCCGCCCAAGAGUAAUGGGAGUUUGAGCGCAGGACUUGUUUCUUUGUAUUUGUAUUCACUUUUGUAUCACACAGCUAGGUUACAAUGCUGCUGCCCAUCCCAUGUAUUCCCUAUUAAGGGUUAAUAAGCAUGUAGGGAUGUAUAUAAAAAAAAAAAUACCCCUUUCUGUCUCAUUAGUGAUAUCUUUGCCAGAAGCUUAAGGAAGUAAGGCGAAUGGUUAGAGUUAGGAACCACCUAAGAGGUCUGCCUUGACGUGGCAGGUGGGCAUGCCCUCUCAUGGCCAUUGGAGGUUAAUAAAAACCUCCAAUUUGUUUUAAAAAAAAUAGGGAUGUGGAAAGAGCGCAGGUAACUUUUUUCUUUUAUUUUUGUUAAACCAUCAUGACACGGCAUAAUAUGUCAUGUGCUGUUGUUCAUCUAAGGUUGUAUUCACCUAGUUUUUAGACUGGCUGAGGAACAGAUGAUAGUUUCUAUGUCCUGAUAUGUAAAACCAUAGAAUUUGAAUGAGGUGUACUUUCUUUUUCCCAUGACUGUACAGGGAUAAGGCAGUACCAUACAUAGCUGGCAUUUGCUUGGAUGUGUGUUACAUCUCUAAAUUUCAGUAGGUUUGUGUAAAUAAUUUUGUUUGUUUUUUGUACACAAUUGAAUAACAUUUUAGCCAAAGAAUACAAUGAAUACAAUUAAAUCGAUUUUUAAACUGAUAAUUCAUUAUGUUGAUAAAAUGUGCUAUUAUUUUAUUUAAAAUAUAUCACUUGCCUAGCAUAAAUGUAACCAAAUAGAAGUCUGAAUUCAUUUUACCCCAGAUUUUCUUUUUCAUUGUUUUGUCACUGUGUAUUUGUUUGGAGAAGACCUAUAGUUAACAGUGAUUAUUCUCAUUACAGGCACAUUGCUGCCCUCUUCUGCAAGAUUACAGAAUGAGUCUCAGUAAGUAAAUGGGCUCAGUUUGCAGCCACUGGACCUGGGAGACAUGCAGAUGUAAUUAAUAUUCUCAAUGCUUUUAUAGGUUAAAAACUAUCAUUCACUUUCUGUUUUAAAGGGUAACUGUCACUUCCCUGACUGUUAAAGGGACACUAUAGUCACCAGAACAACUACAGCUUAUUGUAUUUGUUCUGGUGAGUAUAGUCAGUCCCUGUGGGCUUUUUGCUGUAAACACUGUCUUUCCAGAGAAAAUGCAGUGUUUACAUUACAGCCUAGUGAUAACUUCACUGGCCACUCCUCAGAUAGCUGUUAGAGAUCAUUUCUGGGUCAUGGCUGCCUAACAUGCAUCCAAACAUUCAGUAUCUCCUCCCUCUGCAUGCAGACACUGAACUUUCCUCAUAGAGAUUCAUUGAUUCAAUGUAUCUCUAUGAGGAGAUGCUGAUUGGCCCUGAUCUGCCUCCUUGACAGUCUCAGCCAAUCCAAUGCUUUCUUAUUGUAAGCAUUCUGAUGAUGUCAGCUAAGCACCCGCCCAUCAAGUCCCGCUCACGUAAAUACUGGACACAGCUUCAGUCCUGUUCCCCUCUGAUGAGCCGAAAGGUGAAACGUGUGUCAGGGGACUAGACGCUCGAACCGCUUGAUUGACUCAUAUGCUGACUUAGUCACCAAUCGUUGAGGUCUUACAUGUUUUCCGCUCCACUCACUCUCCAGCUUACUUGGAUACCGAAUCACAGCUUAAGAGGAAGACUUGUUGGGCGGGUGAUUAUCGAGCCUCUUAAACUAGGGUCAGUCUUUAUCAAGGGGUGCCCUCGAAGGCACAAUAGGGUGACUAUAGCAGUUGGGUGUCAAGGUGAUUUAUGUCUGAUCCUAUAUUAGGUCCGUUAUCUGGUUAGGAUUUAUACUCGACACAUUAUUCUAUCUAUCAUAGUUUGUUUAUAGUUCAUUAAAAUAUUGGUGCGCCCUUAUACUGUCUAUAUCUUAUGUUGCUAUUUCUAGCCCUAGUACAGCCUAUAUGAGGUUCUAGUGUCUGUUUGCAUGUUCUAGUAUUUCACAAGAUUUUUAGAGGUUUUAGAUACACAUACCUCUAGACACUACCUUGUGUAAGAUCAUAACAAGAGUAGUGGUUAUGAGAAAGCAUCUGCAUUAUGCACUGGGGCUGGUGAUUAAAUAAGGGCCAAUACCCGGACUAUCUGGCUAGCCUCCUGCCGUGCCACAGGGAGGAGAAUGAACAAACUGGCAAAGAGACCCUGCUGGUCCAGGAGUAUCAGGACCUUUCUGCUACAAAUACUUUCCCUGCUGUUCUUUAUGCCUCCAAUAUCUCAUACACUGAACUAUUCACUAAAUUCUGAACUAGAAACAUAGAAUGUGGCGGCAGAUAAGAACCAUUUGGCCCAUCUAGUCUGCCCAAUUUUCUAAAUACUUUCAUUAGUCCCAGGCCUUAUCUUAUAGUUAGGAUAGCCUUAUGCCUAUCCCACGCAUGCUUAAACUCCUUUACUGUGUUAACCUCUACCACUUCAGCUGGAAGGCUAUUCCAUGCAUCCACUACCCUCUCAGUAAAGUAAUACUUCCUGAUAUUAUUUUUAAACCUUUGCCCCUCUAAUUUAAGACAAUGUCCUCUUGUUGACAGUAUUUUGAAUGAUUAGGAUGGAUUCUGGGCACAGUCAGGUUUAUGGGAAAUUUCGUGAGGAACAAAAAUGCAUAAUUUAUCUUAAUCUCCAAUUAUCUCUCAUUUCAGAAGGGGUGUCCUUGCCGAGUACCCCAAUAACCACAUUUAAAGAUAUGAACACUUCCAAAAGAAGAUUUCUUGCAACCCCCCUGAGUCUCCCAGUACUGUCAAAUGGUCCAAGUUCACAUAUGACCAACAGGGUAAGGAGUACAUCCAGCCGAUACGAACACAUUAUUUAUUACAUAAGCUUGUGUAGUCUAAUAGACAAUUGCAAUGAAGAGACUGGAGAGAAAAGCUGUCAUUAGGGAAAAGUUGCUCAAAUUAAAACCAUGGUUUGUAGGCAAAUACCUUCAUAUUGUGACAGUCUUCACAAAUCAUCUGUCACUCUAGAGGUUAAAGAAUUGGGGCUAGUGGCAGGUGUUUUAUAUUAUUUUGCAGUACUAUGUAUGUCCAGUGUGUGAAAAAUGUCUGAUAGCACACUAAUCUAUAUCUUCUACAUACAUUGCUCAUCUAAAUCUUUUAAAUUCUAGGUAAGCCCCUAAAAUUGCACCCCCAUUAAUUAGAGCUGAUCCAUGGAGGCUGCUCAAUGCUCACAAUAAAUUAACACGUGCAUGCAUGUGUUUUUGUGUUUUGUUGUGGUUUUUUUUUUUUGUUUAGAAGAACAUAUCAUGAAUAUAUAUAUAUAUAUAUAUAUAUAUAUAUAUCACACACACACACACACCAAUAGAUUUGUGGUGGGGGAAAAGAUGUGGAUGAAAUCCCCUUCCACCUGAAGAAAGUGGAUAGUUAAUACAGUGCUAAACACAAAUACACACACCAGUCAAGCUAUGAGACUUGCUUUUCCCACAGAAAUUUGACAGUGCUUUCACUACUGCAAGGGAUUCUGGGUAGACGUAUGCAAAUGAGCUCAACAAAGAACCACAUUUUUGCCUCAUAAUUCCACUUUAUAUAUGGAUUCUUUGAAGUAUGUGUCUGCUGUAUACAACAGCUUUGAAACACAACUCAAGAAGAGAGCAAAAUAUUAACUAUCCACUUACUUCAGGCAGAAGGGGUUUUCUUUUCAUCCACACUCUUUUCCCCACCACAACUGUUGGUAUGUACUUUACAAGUAACACCAAGCCUCCAUUGCAAGCCAGUAACCAACCUCAUGCUGAUGAGUUGUAUUAACAACAAAACAGCUGUCCAUGAGUGGUUCAUUGGCUUUGCUCUUCUUCCUGAGUUGUGUUUCAAAGCUAUUGUAUACAGCAGACACAAACUCCAAGGAAUCCAUGUAUAAAGUGGAAUUAUGAGGCAAAAAUGUGCUUCUUUGUUGAGCUCACUUGCAUACACCUACCCAGAAUCCCUUGCAGUAGUGAGAGCACCGUUAAAGUGAGAUUUCUAUGGGAAAAGCAAGUCUUAUGGCUUGACUGGUGUGUGUAUUUGGUUUUUAGCAAUGUAUUAAAUAUAUAUAUAUAUAUAUAUAUAUAUAUAUAUAACUCGUCUAUGUAGAGUGAAAAAUCCACAAAAGUUGCAGAUCUGCCUUUUCAAUCCCUCCCCUUCUAACCCCGUCCAGACUCUCUGUGGCUGUCCAAUCACAGCUCAAUGAGAAGUCUGUACAAGACAGGUGCUCUGAGCUAUUGCUGCCUUUUGAGUUUAGCUCCACUGGGCUAACCAAACCAGCAAGUAACAGGACCUGUUGUCUGCUUGAAAGCCAAUGGGGAGUAACAAGGUCCAUUUAUAAAAGUGUCAAUUUGUAAUGAAAUCUGCACUUUUUGCAAAAUAAAAUAAAAAGGGCACACUUUUUAUAAAUGUUUUUCAGCAAGCUAAAGUGCUUUAGGGUUCUGGAGUGUCCCUUUAAGGCUGCAGAUUAGUGCUGAUAUUUAAACCAUGGGUCAGAGUUAUAGCAGGACCAUUUGACACAAUCUUCUAUAAAUGUUGAUGUCCAUUCCACAAUAGAGUAAAAGGGGUUCAGAAGAUCCAAUGUACAACUCCUUGUCAACUCAACAUGUGCAGGCUUUUGCCUUAUUUUUUAAUAUAUGGCUAAUAUGUAUCCACAUAUAUGUGGUUUAUCAUGCAGUUCAUAUGGAUUAUAGGUUUAACAUCAAAGUCAUGCUAUGUCCACUGCACAUUGUUAAUUGGUUAGUGUGUGUUUUCUACACAGGCUGUGCCUCGCUUAAAUCCCCUUCACCCCCCUGGAGUCAAGAGGAGGACAGUAAGUUUGGAGACAGUGGCAGUACACCACCACAACCACCAGAGAGUCCUUAAUAUGCAACAAAAAGAGUACUAUAAGUAAGUCCUCCCCUAACCCCCAAUUCUGAACACAAAUGGGGUUUAUUAACUAAAGUAUAUAGAAUGAAACACUAAACUGCAAUAUUUAGACUAAAAUAUUUGAGCUGUGGCUAAAGUAGCGUUAUAAUGCAAACUGUACAAUUUAUGCAAACAUAGACACUAUAGAAACAUUUCUAACUCACUACUCUUCAAUGUUUAAUGAAUAAUCUCCAAAGACAUGUUGACAUACACAUACAUUCUAAAUUAACGCUGCACCCUCUCUUCUGCCUGUUGUACCCUUUUCUUUAGCAGUAAGGAGAGGAUUGGUUGCUGCCUUAAGUGCCUAGAAGUGCUGUACACUAAGCUGCAUGGGUUCCAUUCUGUUCCCCCGGACAUGUUAAACAGGAAACAAACAUCCGAUGUAGAACCUCACUUCCUGUCAUUAUAUGUACUCACCACAUUAAAGUCUGUUGCUCACAGGCAGCACAGUAAUCCUUGGCUGACUGGAACAUGUUAAUACAUUUGUGGAAGUUCAAGUGGGACAGGGGAGCUAGGCAAUGUUGAGUUAAGGCUCUGCCAUACACUUGGAUAGAUUGAUGAACAUCCACUGGACUAAAGGUGCCUCCAGGGCUGGAUUAACAUAGGGAAUAGGCCCAUUGAUUAAAAAAAAAAAAAAUAUAUAUAUAUAUAUAUAUAUAUAUAUAUAUAAUUAUUUUUUUUAUCAAUGGGCCUAUUCCUAUUUUUUUAUUUAUUUAUUUAUUUAUUUUUACAGACUACUAUAAGGGUUGCCAGGUAUUUCUCAGAAAUAUUUAUCAGGUAUUUGAGGCUGCCUAGCCGGUGCCAGUAUUGCAGUAAUUUUUUUAUUUAUAAAAUAUUUUACCAGGAAAGAUACAUUGAGACUUCUCUCGUUUUCAAAUAUGUCCUGGGUCCACAAAACAUUGCAUUGAUACAUUAUGGUACAAUAAAAUACAAAAACAAUAUUAAUACACAAUAUAUACAAAAUUUAACAUAGAACAGGUAGGAAAUAUAUAAUCAACCAUGACACGUGCAUUCUAUUUUGAGGUAUGGAGAGAGGGAUCUCUUAAAGGACUUUAGGUUUGGGGAAGAUUUUAAAGUGUGCGGGAGAUCGUUCCACAAUUGAGGAGCUCUGUAGGAGAAGGAGGACCGGGCUGCUUUCUUUUUGUAUUGUGGUAGACCAAAUAAAUACCGGCAAUACAAAUGGUAGUCUCAGUAUAAACUGAGAUUAGAUGCAAUACCGGCACCUGCACCUGUGUGUGUGGAGAGAGGCAGGGAUAGGAUGUUGCAGCAUCUCCCUCCCUGCCUCUUUCUACUCACUGAUCUGCGGGGGAGCAUCUCUCAGCCUGCAGAGAUAGCCAACAGCUCAGGUAAGUGAGGGAUGGGGGGAAAGGCUGCAGGGAGACAUGUGGAAACAGACACUAGGGGACACUGUGAAACAUGGGGACACUGGGAGACAUAUUGACACUUGGGAACAUUGAGACACUAGGGGUAACUGAGAGACAUGGAGACGGUGAGAGACUUGGGGACACUGAGACAUUGGGACACUGGUGAACAUGGGGACCAUGAGACACUAGGGACACAGUAGCCCCAUGUCUCCCAGUUGCCCUUAGUCUCUGUGUCCCCAUGUCUCCCAUCCAGUGUCCCUGGUGUCUCUCAGUGUCCCUAGGCUCUGUGUCCCAUGUCUCUCCCAGUGCCCCCAUUGACACUGGGAGAUAUGGAGACACAGACUCUAAGGGACACUGGGAGACAUGAGGAUACAAACACUAGGACACUGGAUGACAUGGGGACACUGAGACACAAGGGGGGCACUGAUAGACAUGAGGACACUGGGCGACUUUGAGACCUGGGAGACAUGGGGCACUCCCAGUGUGCCCAUGUCUCCCAGCCAGUGUCCCUAGUAUCUGUGUCCCCAUGUCUCUCAGUGUCCGUAGCGUGCCAGUGUCCCCUAGUCUCCCAGUGUCCCCAUGUCUCACAGUGCUCCAAAGUGUCUGUGUCCCCUAGUAUAAAAGAAAAAAAAAUCCCAGGCACUCACUGUGAUAGAUUUAAGCAGGUUUAUUGGACACCGCAAUGUUUUGACCUGUACCCAGGUCUUUAUUAAGUCUCCAGUGCCCCCUAUAUAUCAGUGCCCCAUUUGUAUCACAGUGUCUGUGUCCCCUCAUGUACCAAGGUAUCCCAGUGUUCCCUAGUAUCUCAGUGUCCCAAUGUCUCUCAAUGUCCCCUAGUGUCCUAGGGAAAUGGGGACACUGGGAGUCAUGGGGACACAGACAUGCCCCCUUUUUGUGUAUGUUGGUCCUUUUCGGCAGUUCUUGUUAUGUGAUUUGCGUCAGUGGCCCACCCUUUUUUUUUUUUUUUUUUAAUUUGUAUUUUAUUUGGUUUUGUACACAAAGUAUACACUUUUCCAUUAUAUGUGUUAUUAUAUUAUUAUAUGGGUUAGAACAGGUUCAAAUAACAUUUCGUUGGGCUACAUGCAUAAUAACAAUCACAAUGUCAGAGAUCCUUUACUGUGGCCUGGUAAAGAAACAAUUUGUACAUUUCUACCUUUCUACAAAGAUCCCCCUUUAAAGAGGUUGCUUAAUUUUCGAGGCUGCUUGAUUCUAACAAUCUUUCUGGCUUAUCCUAUAUGCGAGUCAGGUAUUUAGAGUAAUAGGGUAAUAGCAUGGAAUGCUGGGUUUGGAGUAACAGGAAUAGUAAGAAACUUUCCCGGACCAUGUAAGCUUAUAUAUAUAUGCAAAACAUUAUUCUAAUGGUUAAUUAUUGCAUUUCUCAUUCUGCUUUCUGUGUCCAUUGGCUAAUAUGCCUAGUUUUUUGAGGAAUGUCUCUGGAUCGUCUCCCGAGGUUAGGGUGAGUACAUCGGUGCCCUUUGUUAGCGAUCCCUCUGUGCCCCAUCGUUACCGGAUCGAUUGUUCUCUCAGUCUCUUAGUGACUGGUGCUAGUAGUCUCCUUGCAGCCAGCACAGCAAACGGGAGGUCACUGUAUAUGGCCACCUCGCAUCCCUCAAAUUUUACCGACCCCAAUGGUCUGGAUCCGGCCAUGAUGGUAGCUCUCGCAGCUACGUCCCUGGUGGUAGCUAUUGUGUCUCUGGGAGCACCCUCGGGUGCCGCUGGUGAUUUGCGCACCCUGAAGGCGGACAGAAUCAGUGGGGUGUCUGAAUUACACCUGGGGCCCAUGGAGGAGGUGAGUCUCCGGACAAAGGGCAGUAAGUCUUCACCGCUCACCUUUUCAGGGAUACCUCUAAGGCGUAUGUUACGGUGGCGGUGUCUGGUUUCCAGUGUCACCACCGCUCCUUGUAGGCGUCGGACCUGCUCCUUAAGAUCAUCCAGUUGCAGUUUGGUGUCUUGGAGUUGGUGGUCUCUGGAGCUUUCUCUGUUUUCCACCUCCUGGACUCUCUGUUGCAAGACCCCUAUUUCAGCAUGUGUCUCCUUUAAGUCUGCCUUCCAGACCUGCCUUAGGUCGAUCAGCAGCUUUCUGAUGUCCCCCUUUGUUGAUGGGGAGUCAUCCUCCUCUGAGUCAGACCUGGGAGUGGGGCCCGGGAGGGAGGCUUGGGAGUCCCUCUCUUCCUGGGAGUCGUCAGAGGUCUCUAUCUCACUCUGCGGUUCCGGCGCCAUCUUGGCGGGCCGCGCUUGUGUAGGCCUCUGGAAUGCCAGCCUGAUGUCGGGUGCCGCGGGUCGCUCCGUGUAGGUUUGUUUUUUGUGUUUGCGCCCCAUGUUGUCGGCUGUCGGGUGGCAGGUAAGCUGUGCGUUUUUGGAGCUGAUUUGUCCUCUCUAAGGCUCUUAGUCUGUGGGGCCGAUGCAGAGCUCCACAGACAUGCGACUGUUCAGCUCCGUAGUCGGCCACGCCCCCCCCAGUGGCCCACCCUUUUACCCCGUCCAUAGACUUCCUGCUUUACUGGACACUGCUGUUAAUUGGUAUGGAUUUACUUGAAAGAUGAAAGCGUGAGAUUAGCAUUGGGUAUGUGUUUUCUCAUAGCUGCAUCAUAUGAGUUUCCCUCCAGCACCGUCUCCAUCAGAUACAUGACACUUGGGAGGUAGGACUGUUUUUUUAGUGUUUUUGGUCCAUAAGAUUUUGUAAUUAGGCUCAUCAGAAUUGUCAGCACCAGGCCCACUGGGCUCUUAAUCGGGUCCUGGGUGCCUCUCAACAGGUGGCCAUCAUUUAAUGCACUGUCUAGUGCCCAGUGAUUAUAUACUAAUGGGGAGGGGAGUCCAGAAUGAACUAGAGCAGGAAAACAAUCUUGGGAAUGCAAAUUUAUCAUUUAUAAAGGGCAAAAUUUGCUGCCAUCUCUAAGUAUUGCAUAGGACAACGUUAGCCACUUGGGAUAAUUUAUUAACCAACACUAGUCCUCAAUCACAACUACUCCUCUUGCAAUCAUUAAUGAAGGAAUUCAACAGUUUUACCUAUUUUUGUCCUGACCUGCCUUGUAUACUAAAAUAAUCGAUUCAGAGGCAUAUUCAGAAUGUGUCAUAUCGACAUAUCAGUUAUACUCUUUUAGGUUGCAUAUGCUUAUAUAUGCAUUGCUAAACUCUCCAUAUUAGCAAUCACAUUUUUGGUAAAUAAUUUCAGAUCUUAAUACUUCAGUGACAUGGUUAAAGUUGCUGAGAUUUAUUUUUGUUGUUAGUUAACUUAUUAAUGUUUUCUGGUUGGGUUAUUGGUUUGUUCUGUCUUCUUUUCGGCAGCUAUCAUCAGGGAUGGAGAAGACCAUUUUAUGGUACAGUUUUUGAACAAGAAGAAUACAGGUAACAAACUAAAUAAGAAAAUCACUCUUACUAUUGGGUUCCAGAGCACCAACUUACAUUUCUGAGACUGACUUUAUUGCAUUGGCUCUUCCUCUUAAAGUAACCCACAAAAGUUAAACUCACACAACAGAGUUAAUGUACAACCAUCCGUACUCUUACAGGGUUCUUUACAUUAGUGAGAAUUGUCUGGAAUUCAAGUUGAAUUUCAAAUUUAAGGCAAAAAUAGCCAGACUUGAAGCAUAGCUGGAUAAUCCAUUGCAACUACUGUGGCCUUACAUUUAAAAUUAACUUUGAAUUACUGACCAUGCUUACUUCAGUAAAUAACCCUGUUAAUGAUCAGUUGUGUGUUUAACCCAAGCUUACGUUUUCCUAAAGAAAUGUUGCCUCCAGGACAAGUAAAGAGAAGGACUUCAGCUCCAUCGGCUGGAAGAAAAAGGUUUCAGGAAGUCUUGCAUUUAUUGAGAUCCUACUGUACAUUAACUUUUUAAUUUAUUUUUUAAAUGGACGUGUGUUGAGUUGAUAAUAUUUCCAUGCCAGGAAGGAAAUCAGAGACCUGCUUAAAAAGCAAAUGCAUGAAAAGUGGGCGCUGCAGCGAGAGGUAUUAAGUAGCCAAAGUUUGGAGCUAGAGGCCCAAAAAGAGAAUGACCGUACUGCCUUGAUGCAAGACUUGGAGCAGCAGAGGACACGAGCCAUGUUGAUGAGAAACUUUCGGGAUGAAAACAAGAAGGUGAGAAAGUCAAGAAUGGAUCUUUAGAAAUAGUAGAUUUCUGGACCUUCCCUGUUCUGUAAUUUGGUUUUUAGUUUAUUUACUUACCCUAUAUAGUCAUGCAAAGAUGGAUCAUGUAUCAUGGGAAAAUAAUGCCAUUAGAAGGACUUGGAGACAUUGUAAGAAAAUAUGAGAAUGAAUUGUGAGCGCUUUAUAUUGUAAGAACCCUGAGAUGGUUUAUUUCCCCCCCCCCCCCACCCCCUAAUGCAUGCUUCACUGCUACGCAUUUUGUAAAUGACAUGAUAUUAUAAAUCUUGUGUUAGGGUAGGUUUAUAUAUUAAGGGGAAGGUCGUUAAAGACUCCUACAAUAAAACUGAUAUAUAAUGCCAGACACUCCAUACACACAAAAAAAUACAAAGAUGAAAUAACUCACAUUUUCCUCCAGUGGCAAGUCAUCUAUUCAGAAUGCUCCACUCAACCCCAGAAAGUCUGUCAUUUUAUACAGAUACCCAACAGAAUGCUUCCUAUAGGGUGAGCUGAAGUGCUUUAGGGGAACUGGAGUGUCCCUUUAACCACAGAGUAACAAUGGGACAUGCAUGUCUCUGUGCUGCCUGAGAUUAGUGGGAGUUUUGUGCUCAUUCCAGAGCUGGAAUUAUAAAUAGCUGCCAGAAGAGAGUGUAACACCCACCUAUAUCCAAGCUCUGUAAUAUUAAAUCAACUCCCCACUACACCUACACUAUCCUAGCACUUCUAAAUAGUGGCUUAAAUAAUAUAUACAAAUUAUGUCAAUGUGGUGUCAUGGUGGGAGUCAACUCCCAUAAGCUUUAUGGAUAAAUAAGUAUCCUGGUGUGGUGGUAGACACUUGUCUCUAAAUAUAUUAAGGGAUGUGACGGAUUGGUGGGACCCAACAUAACGGUUAUGUCAUCAGCUAAGGCUAACUGCUUGGAUGCCCCCUCAACCCAAUAGAUUACUGAAAAUUGUUGUUUUUCCCCCCCCUUAUUUACAGAUAAUGGAAACAAAAUGGCAGGAAAACAGACUGACGCGCUCUCUGGAAAAUAUGAAAGAGAGAGAAUUGCUCCACUAUAACCCUAUCAAUUGGAGUGGAACACUGAAAUGAGAGCCUCAUAAACAGCCUACAACCACCAACUAAGAGUCAAGGUCCUCAAUUUUAGAAUAAUUACAUAAAACAAAGACAAAAACCAACCCAUGAAAACCAUUAAAAAUAAAUAAAAAGAAAA